AGAAAAAAGGCUAUUUGAUGUAGAUAUAUUUCUGUAAUAUGACAGUUCAUGCGGUCGUAAAAUCACAAUGAGAUAUUUUUGCAUAUUUUAAUUUUUUUUUUAAGUCACACAUUGGAUAAAAGACUGAAAAUGAAUUUCUUAAAUAUCUCUGGCUUGGAUGAUGAGAUGGAGACGGAAAACAUCUCUUCUAAUUCCACCUCUGGGAGCCAGUACAGUCAGCUUGCGAUCUGGGGUCUGGCAGGACUUGUCAGCUUUUUGAUUUUGUUUACAAUAGUAGGGAACGUGCUGGUCGUUAUCGCCGUUUUAACGAGCAGAGCUUUGAAACCGCCCCAGAAUCUUUUUUUGGUCUCCCUAGCCAGUGCGGACAUUCUGGUAGCCACGCUGGUCAUGCCUUUUUCUUUGGCAAACGAACUUAUGGGCUACUGGUUUUUUGGCAAAGUCUGGUGUGACAUCUACCUUGCACUGGAUGUUUUAUUCUGCACCUCAUCUAUUGUUCACCUGUGCGCCAUCAGUCUGGACAGGUACUGGUCAGUGACGCAGGCAGUAGAGUACAACUUAAAGAGGACGCCCAAACGGGUCAAAGGGAUGAUUGUGGUGGUUUGGUUGAUCUCAGCUGUCAUCUCCUUUCCUCCAUUAAUAUCAAUGGAUAGGAGCAGCAGUGAGGCCAACCCACAGUGCAGGCUGAAUGAUGAGACAUGGUACAUACUCUACUCCAGCAUCGGCUCAUUCUUUGCACCCUGUGUCAUCAUGAUCUUGGUCUAUAUUCGGAUUUACCAAGUGGCCAAAACCCGGACCAGAACCAUGUCAGAGAAGAAGAGGGAUGUGGAUUCAUCGCUGGAGAAUGGGCUGGAGCAACCUGAAGCCAGCAGAGGCGGCUCAUUAAAGUCUAAUCAGGGUGGGAGUAUAAAAGACCAGGAACGUGAGAAUGGGCACUGCCAACAACAAACAAUUGGAUCACCUUUGCCUAAUGAACCAAAACAUCCACCAACAGACCACGACGACGACUUUGAUGACAGCAGCUCAUCAGACGAGAAACCGAAAAAAAAUUCCACUUCCUCCUCCAAACAGCACAAUGACAACAAAAAAGACAGGAAAUCCAGCCGUAAAAGUAGCUCUGCCUCCAAAUACUCAAGCAGGAAGUCACGUGCCAGUUCCAAGUCCAUGGAGCUGUUCUCAUCCCGCCGGAAACGCCGGAGCACCGUCAACCGGAAGAAAGUGUCUGCCGCCCGGGAGAAACGCUUCACCUUUGUCCUCGCUGUGGUCAUGGGCGUUUUUGUCGUCUGUUGGUUCCCUUUCUUCUUUUCCUACAGCCUGUAUGGAAUCUGCCGGAAACCCUGCGAGAUCCCGGAGACGCUGUUUAAAUUCUUCUUCUGGAUUGGCUACUGUAACAGCUCUUUAAACCCAGUCAUCUACACUAUCUUUAACCAGGACUUCCGGAGAGCCUUCCAGAAGAUCCUCUGUAAGUCAUGGAAGCGCUCCUUCUGA